AUGGCUUCUCUCUCGGUCGUGCUGAAGUCCUGGGUAGUACUGCAGACACUGUGCCUAGUUUUGGCCCAAGUGAGAGGUCCUCCUGGACCUCAGGGCCAGGCGGGCCCACCAGGUCCUUCUGGCACUCCUGGUUCAGACGGCAUUGAUGGAGACAAAGGUUUGCCCGGCCCACCUGGUCCACCAGGACCAAAGGGAGAGCCGGGACAGCCUGGUCCUGAUGGUGCGCCAGGAGAGAAUGGUAUUGAUGGUUUGAUUGGUGCAAAGGGUGAUCGAGGUGCAGUGGGAAGCCCUGGCCCAAAGGGUCAGCCUGGGUUGAGUGGAGAACCUGGCAGACCAGGUCCCGGCCUCCCAGGACUUGCUGGCGCACCAGGGCCUAUUGGGAUUCCUGGUGAAAUUGGUCCAACCGGACCAAAGGGUUUAAUGGGACCCCCUGGACCGCCAGGACUCCCUGGGCCACCAGGCAAGCCAGGCCCGCCAGGGAAGUUCAUUGGUGGAGAAGAAGGAAGUGCCGACUUCCAGUGUCCUCUCAACUGUCCAGCAGGAGCUAAGGGCCCACAGGGACUUCAGGGUGUCAAAGGCCAUAAAGGACGCCCCGGUGCUCUUGGAGAACCUGGCAGUAUUGGAAAAGUGGGAAUCAAAGGAGAAGUGGGGAUCUCUGGAGAACAAGGCAUCCCUGGACCUUCGGGUCCAAUGGGCGUGAGGGGCUAUCCAGGAAUGAUGGGUCCAAAAGGAGAGGCGGGACCUCGUGGCUACAAGGGCAUCAGUGGACCUGUAGGGAUUCCCGGACCUCCAGGUGAGGAGGGACCUCAGGGUGCUCCUGGAGAGGCAGGAGACAAGGGAGAUAAAGGCAGCCCUGGUAUUCAGGGCCCACAGGGUGCAGUUGGCAAAAAAGGAGACAAUGGCCUGCCUGGCAUUGAUGGAAAAGAUGGCACACCUGGUAUUCCUGGACUCAAAGGAGGACCCGGUCAGGCUGGGAUGCCAGGUCCUCCUGGUCAUCAAGGAACAGCGGGAUUGCCCGGUAGUCCAGGUGCGAAAGGUGGAGCUGGAGUGAAAGGCGAGCCUGGACCCAGGGGUCGUGCUGGCAUGCCUGGUGCCCCCGGACCUUUGGGUGAACCUGGUGUUCCAGGGGAGGCAGGUAUGGCAGGAGUUCCCGGUCCUAAGGGGGACAGAGGUCAGCGUGGUCCGGUAGGACCUCAAGGAAUAGUUGGGAAGAUUGGAAACAAAGGAGAGAGGGGGCCAAUGGGUGUUCCAGGUGCUCAGGGCCUGAGUGGGACGAAAGGAGACAAGGGAUUCCAAGGAAAAAGUGGGCCAAAGGGAGACAUCGGUGACCCAGGUGUGGAGGGCUUAGGUGGCGAGAAAGGUGAAAAGGGUUUAUCUGGAGAGCCUGGACCUAAAGGACAGCAAGGAGUAAGGGGGGACGCUGGACACAAUGGUCCAACUGGGGACCCUGGCAAGCCAGGUGACCAAGGACCUGCUGGGCUUCCUGGCCCCAGAGGACUCAAUGGAGUGCGAGGUGUGCCUGGAAAGCCCGGCAUUCAGGGCUCUCCAGGACGUGAUGCAUCAGAUCAGCAUAUUAUUGAAGUAGUGCUGAAGAUGUUGCAAGAGAGGCUAGCAGCCGUAGCUGUGAGUGCCAAGAGGGCUGUGCUUGGUGGUGCUGGUGUAAUGGGACCCCCAGGGCCUCCUGGACCUCCGGGCCCACCGGGCCCCCAGGGACCACAUGGUUUGCCUGGUACAAGGGGCAUCCCUGGCAUGAUUGGAGCACCCGGGCAGAUUGGAAACACAGGGUUAAAAGGAAAGAGAGGGGCCAAGGGUGACCGAGGAGAUCCUGGCAAACCUCACCAAGGACCACCAGGACCCCCAGGAAUUCAAGGUCCUCGUGGUGUUGACGGUGUGGCAAGAGAUGGCAGGCCAGGUGAGAGAGGCCCUCAAGGAGCUGCUGGUGAAGCCGGUCAUCCUGGUAAAGCGGGUCCCCCAGGCCUCCCGGGCUUCUGCGAGGCUGCUAUGUGUCUGGCCGCGUCGGCGUACACAUCUCCGAGACUACAGGAGGCAGGAGCCAUUAAAGGACCCAACAUUUAG